CUUAGUGACCUAUUCAUACUUAGAGAAGUCUGACAGACCUAAACAGGUUUAGGAUCUCUUGACUUUUACCUAGAAACUUUAUAUUCCAGCUAUGGUUGUUCCAGGAUCUCGGGAAAUUGAGGAGAAGAUAUACCAACCCCCAGAAGACAUUCUGAAAGAUGCGCACGUCCCCAGUUUUAGUUCAUAUCUUGCACUUUACAAAAAGUCAAUAGAGAAUCCUGAAGAGUUCUGGGGGGAUGUUGCACAAGAAUUUUACUGGAAGAGUCCUCCGUCAGGACAAAUGCUGCAGUAUAACUUUGAUGUCAGCAAAGGGAAGAUUUACAUUAAGUUCAUGGAAGGAGCCAAAACCAACAUGUGCUACAAUGUACUGGACAGAAAUGUGCUGGAGAAGAACCUUGGUGACAAAGUGGCAUACUACUGGGAAGGAAACUCACCUGAUCACCACUUGAAGAUCACAUACAGCCAGCUGCUGAAGCAGGUGUGCAGAUGUGCCAAUGCUCUGAAGCAGCUCGGUGUACAGAAGGGGGAUAGAGUUGCCAUCUACCUCCCUAUGAUCCCAGAGCUGGUUUAUACAAUGCUGGCCUGUGCUAGAAUAGGAGCUAUUCACUCUAUUGUGUUUGCAGGUUUUUCUUCUGAGUCCUUGAGUGAGCGCAUCAUAGACGCCCAGUGCAGUGUGUUGGUGACGGCAGAUGGCGUUUACAGAGGUGAGAAGCUGAUCAACCUGAAGCAGAUUUCAGAUGAGGCACUGAAGCACUGCCAGGAGAAAGAAUCCCAUUCAGUGCAGAAAUGCCUUGUUGUGAAACAUCACGUCUUCAGAUUACAAAACUCGGAUGCAUCCAACAAAUUACGGACCCCCUGGGACACAGAGCGUGACGUGUGGUGGGAUGAGCUGGUGGACUGUGCCUCUGAUGAGUGUGAGCCUGAGUGGCUAGAUGCUGAAGAUCCCCUCUUCAUUCUUUACACCAGCGGAUCCACUGGAAAACCAAAGGGUGUUCUCCACACCAUAGCGGGUUAUCUGCUGUACACAUCACUGACCUUCAAGUAUGUCUUUGAUUAUCACCAUGACGAUGUAUACUGGUGUACUGCGGACAUUGGUUGGAUCACAGGCCACUCUUACAUCGCAUACGGACCCUUAGCCAAUGGGGCGACCAGCGUGCUUUUUGAAGGUGUGCCAGUCUACCCUCACGUGGGGAGAUUCUGGGAGAUCAUUGAGAAGUACAGAGUGACAAAGUUCUACACGGCACCCACAGCCAUCAGGCUACUGAUGAAAUACGGCAGGGAACCUCUGCAGCGAUAUGACCUGUCCAGUCUACGUGUUUUGGGUACUGUUGGUGAGCCCAUAAACCCUGAGGCGUGGCACUGGUACUUCGACGCCGUGGGUCAGAAGAGAUGUCCAGUGGUGGACACAUUUUGGCAGACCGAGACGGGGGGGCAUGUUCUAACUCCUCUGCCUGCAGCCACUCCUCUAAAACCCGGUUCUGCAACUCUUCCUUUCUUCGGAGUGCGGCCCACCAUUCUGAAUGAACAUGGAGAGGAGCUGGAGGGGGAGGCUGAGGGUUAUCUGGUUUUCCGGAAACCUUGGCCAGGAAUCAUGAGGGCUGUUUACGGGAAUCAGGAACGCUUCGAGAGCACCUAUUUCAAAAAAUUCCCAGGAUUCUACGUGACAGGAGAUGGUUGCAGGAGAGACAAGGACGGCUACUACUGGAUUACGGGCAGAAUUGAUGACAUGCUUAAUGUAUCCGGUCACUUGCUGAGCACUGCUGAGGUAGAAGCUGCUCUAACGGAACACCCUGCAGUUGCUGAGGCAGCUGUGGUCAGCCGGCCGCACACAGUGAAGGGGGAGUGUCUCUACUGCUUUGUUACGCUCAAAGACAGCAGGGAAUUCAACCACGCCCUGCUGGAGGAGCUCAAGAGAAAAGUAAGGGAAAAGAUUGGACCAAUUGCUACUCCAGACUUCAUUCAGAAUGCCCCAGCUCUGCCCAAAACUCGUUCAGGGAAGAUUAUGCGACGAGUGCUCAGGCAGAUCGCUCGUAACGAGAUGGACCUGGGCGACCUUUCUACUCUGGCUGACCCCAAAGUUGUGGAGGUCCUGUUUAGUCAAAGGUGCGAAGCUGCAGCCUGAAGGAUGAACACUUUUUUCCCCUUUGAUCAUUUUUGUAAAUACAGCCUUCCCUGAGAGUGCUGGCCCCGUUUGACUAUUUGAAGCUCUGUGGUUUAAGAUAUUUGAACCUCUAAGAUAUUCGGGCUUGUGGUCCAUUCAGAUGAUCCCAGUUUAGGGCUAAUGGGGGGAAUGCUUCCCUAUGUUCGCCUUUCCCAGAAACAUAAGAAAUUGAUGCUGAUUAAGAAAAAAUGCAGUUGAAGACUAGUGGAAAGACUGGAAAGACUAGUCAUGAUUCUGAAGAGAAACAGAGUGGCAGCUGGUAUAUAUCAUGUAAACAGAGUUACUUUUACACCUCUGAUCAUAUCAUAGUGAGGUUCAGAUUUAAAGAUGAAUCCAUGCUGACUCACUGUUUGAUUGACUCAAAAUUGAGUUAAAUUUACAGAUUUCUUUAUAACCUUACACAAUUUUUCAGUAUACACGACAUCCCAGAUAUUACAUCGAGAUCAUACAUACAUUGCUACUUGAAAUGAACCUGAAACAUGCUUGAUUCUUGACUUUGUUAUAUUGUUAAUAAAAACAUACUGAAUGAAGCAGUGGAUAAAAUCA